AUGUAUUAUGCAAUAUUCAGGUUGUGUUUGAAUUCCUGUGCAUGUUUUAAUAUUAGAAUAUAUAGGAUUAGAUGGUUUGGCUCUUCAGUUUCACAGGAGAUGUGGCUCGAUAAGAAAUACUGGUGGGUUUUUGUUUCGAUUUCUUCAAAGGGGUUAGCCAUUACUGGGAUUGAUUACAGAAGACAUUGGAACCACAUUUCAACUGAUUUUGCAUAUGUUCAAGAUAUUUGGUGGUUUGUAGUAGAUGGGGAGUUUGAGUUCGAAUUUCAAGGGACGUAUAGCCUAUUCUUCAGACUCCAGCUUGGCAGGUCCUCGAAGAGAAUGGGCCGUAGAGUUAGUAAUUCGUUGUGCAUCCAUGGCUGGGAUAUAAAACCUGUACGAUUCCAGCUAACAACUUCUGAUGGUCAACGAGCAGAAUCCGAAUGCUUUCUGGAAAAUCCUGUCAAUUAA